GUUCAUUUCAACCAUCAAAUGAGCUCAUGCUGAAGUUCUACAGUUACUACAAGCAAGCAACCUUGGGGCCCUGCAACACAACCAGACCUGGCUUCUGGGACCUUAUUGGCAAAUACAAAUGGGAUGCUUGGAAUUCCCUGGGAGACAUGUCGAAAGAGGAAGCUAUGAUUGCCUAUGUUGAGGAAAUGAAAAAGAUCCUUGAAUCCAUGCCAAUGACUGAGGAGGUGGAGGAGCUACUUCGUGUUCUUGGACCAUUCUAUGAACUUGUUGAUGACAAAAAACAACCAAUAUCGCCUUAUGCAAUUUCGUCAGAUCUUGGCGAAGUUUUCAGCUCACCCAAGAACUGUAACAAGAUGAAUGGAAAGGUUGAAGGCAAUAAUAGCGGUGCAGAAUCUGAACAGGAAGAUGACGAUGACGAUGAUGAUGAUAAUAUAACAGAUGGUGAUGAUAAUACAGAUGGAAUGGAAAGCCAGGUUGGUGAGUUUCCAGGAAUUCAGCACAUCAUAAGCGAUUCAGACAGUGAAAUAUAUUGUGAUUCAAUGGAACAGCUGGGAGUUGAAGAGAUUUCAGGAGCUGGCAGCCCAGGGAGAGAGAAUUUUAACAGUUCUCUGAUGGGCUCGGAAUUUGAUCACAGGCAGCUAUUCACAAAUAGUUCAAGAACAGAGUUGGAACAUUCCCUAAACUACCUUGGGAAACCUGGAACAAUGAAAGCACAGGUUUUGGGAGGAGAAGGUGGUGUUAAUCAUGGUGGUGAAGAUGCAAAGCCAGUUGGAAGUGGCUCUCACAAAGAGAAGAUAACUAGCAAAAGAACGGAGUUUCAUGGACCCAGGAGGGGGCGAGGUAAUAGGAUGCAGCAAUCGGGGAAUGGUUUUCAGGUCACACAGUUGGGUAAUGGUGGUGAUGGGGAACGAAGAGGCUCAGAGAGGCUGCAAAAAGCCAGUGUGAAUGAACAGAUUGCAGUAGCACUACUCAGACUCCAGGAGGACAUGCAGAGUGUGUUUGAACGCCUUCAUAUGUUGGAGGCAAGGACUGCUUCUCAGGUGAAGUCCAAAGAUGCCCAUUCAAAGCUUAAACAUACUGCAGGUGAUAAGACAUCGUCCUGGUGGCCUUUUGAUGUAUCUGGCCGAACUAUUGCAUUUGCGAUCCUUUGGCCUGUUAUCCUCCAGCUAUUUGUGCAUAUGUAUUUUCAAAGGAGGAAGAGAAAACCGAACUAGGCAUCCACCUGGCACUCUUAGGUCUACAAAAUUGGAGAGCGUGAAAGGCCUGACAUGAUCAUUUGGAUUUGUUCAUUUAGUGGUGUUCUACCUUAACAUAGUCCAAUGAUGUGCAUUUUGCUUUAAAAUCAUCCUGCGCACUGUACAUAACUAAAUACUACAACAUAACUGAUACUUGAACCAAACAGCAUUAAUUAAUUCUGGAUUAAUGUAAUAAUCAUCUUUAAAUUAUAGUGUCCUGAUUUUUUUUUUAUUUUAAAUUUAUGGAACAAACACUGCACUGUCAUCUCAAUAGUAAAUGCUGUAUCUGACUGAAUGUAAGUCGCUUUAGUUGCUUGUAAUUUAGCUAAAAUUGAUUUUGGAAGGAAACUGGGGAAAAUCUGAAUGUUAAAAAUAUUUUAAGUGCUUAAUUUCUAGUGUUUUAGCUGGAAAUCAUUCAAUUAAAAAGCUGCAUCUUACUGUACUUUGUACAAUGCAAGCAAGGAAUUUGUUCAGCAAGACUUGUGAACAGCAAUGAAUUCUGAUGCCCUGACCAACAUUCCCAUUCAGCCAGCGUUAAUAAAAUAGAUUUUCUGGAUAUCUGUUCAGUUGCUUUUUGUGGGAUCUUGAUGUGUACAUUAGCUGUUGAGUUUGUCAGCAAAUAGUGACUGCAUUUAAAAAAUGUUUUAGAAGCAAUUUGGUAAUACUUUCCUAUUAUAUAGUCAGUAACUCAAAAGAUCCAAUAUUGGUUUUAUGUGCACAUUGCAGCUACUGAACAAAUAAUAUCAACCCCUGGAUUUUUGUAACUGAACAGAGUGCUUUUGACCCAUUGAUCCAUUCCUCUGAAAUGGCCAGUAGAUGGAGCUCUUCUUUUACGUAGUUCAUUGUUGAGCAAAAAGCCAUGUGUGGUGGACGUAGCACUUGCUUUAUCUCCAGCACUUUUGAAAUAACUGGUAAAAUUGAGAUUAUAUAACCUGACACUAAUGUACUGAGACUCAUCCAUUAGAUACAGCUUUUACAUGUCAUUUCUCUGCAUGUAACUUUAUUUAUAUAUAAUUAUCAACUGUGAAGUCUACUCAUAUCAAUGCUGUUAAUAGUUGUACAAAUUACUUUUUUUGAAAGUAAGUGCAAUAUUUUUUCAAUUACAUUGUAAUAAAAUUGCAAAUUGAAGAAAA